AUGUAUUUCAGAUACAUAGUAAGAGAUGAUGAUGAAAUUGUAUAUAAAAGCAAAGCUUUCAUUACGGAAGACAUAUACAUGAUAAAAAAAUCCAUAAAAUGGGCUGUUUUAAUACAAGAUAAUUGUGUUAGCCACAUUAAAGACGUGGCUAAAAAUGGCCGUUCGAAAAUAAAGUUGCUUAAUUAUUGUUGUGCCCACACAGCAGCCACUUGUCUCAGCCACUGGAAUUCGUCAUAUUUGUUGUUCAAAGGUUUUAAAAUGGAAUUUUUAGAACUCAAAGAUCAAGAUGGUGCUUUUAAUGCUGUUAAGUUAAAAAAUUGUCUUAUUCCAAUUGGAAAAAAAGAGGGCACUUAUGAUGUUAUAAUAUUCAAAUGUAGAGAGUAUGACCUCAGAAUUCGAUCGUUUUUAUUGAACAAAUUUGCAUAUUCCCUGUUGAAUUUCCUUGAAGAAAAUGAAGAAACCUAUCCAUUGGUAAAAAUGAAGGCAUUUCAAAUUAAUCAAAAAAUUGUGUUAUUAAUAACCUUUAAAAAUGUAAUUCAAAACGACAUAUUAUUAUUCUUAUCAAUCAUUGAUAAUAAUAUUUAA